UUUUUUUUUUUUAUUUUUUUUUUUUAUUAAAUACGAGACGCGCGAUUGGUUCAUUUUUUUUUCGCAUGUACAUUAUGCGCAUUAUGCAGCUCGUCUCUGGGUGUGAGAUAGUCUAUGCGUACGCGUACACGACCCACCAAUACAGCCUCACGAUGUGUGAUCCGAGUUUUACCGAGAGGUGUACGCUAUGUUCGGAGCCUUCUGGGUAUGUGGGAGAGGAGAGAGGAGUUGAGAGGAGUCACCUCACCCUGCCUGUUACCUGUGUUACGGGCUCCGCUCGCGGGCACGAACCACGGCUACUGCCGUGAGCGGGCAGUCUCUUAUUACGCCCGCACUCAACUCUACGUGAACUCUAAGUAGUCUCGUUUAGGUCGCUCGAUGAUAACGCGAAUUAUCCUCGGGAUAUCAGAUCCCCGGAGAACGCACUGACAUAUUAGAUUUUCAUUUGAGGGAACGUAAAAAACAAGAAAUCCGAAGUUUCAGACCGUCUCUCGAGAUACGACGUGAUGACGUGGGUAACGCAAAUAUCGGUAUUCCAAAGAUCUCCGAAGUUUAUGUUUGACUAAAGGGCUCUGAACGUAGUGAGCGCGCGGACGUCGAUGUAGAAAUGACACGGACAAAAUUGAAUUGAAUGGAUUUGUUGAGUGAAUAAAAACAAAACAAAACAAAAAAAAAUAGUUUUCUCUCGUAGCUGAGAUGUGAGUUUCGAGACUUCAAUGAAGAGUGAGACGUUUUCGAUGAUAAUGAUAAUGCCGAAAGAAGGAUGGAUGAUAUAUUGAUUUGAUAAAAUCGCGGGAAGCAUUAGUUAAUUGUUUUGCGUGAAGAAACGAGGUUUCUCCUUUUUGCAUUGAAAUCGAAAUGUCAUUAUUUUUCGAUUACGCGAGUUUGUAAAAAUAAUAGUCCAAACGGACGAUUACUGAUAGUGUAUUUAGAGCUGGAUGUGUCCUAUCGUUGAGAUUUUCGCGCACAGCUACGCCAUAUUCAGAUCAGCUAAGUUCGCUUCUCGCGAAGUUUCACCGAUUGGGGUAAAACAAGCGAUAUUUAACAGUGAUUUCUACAGUGGACAAACGAGGACGCGGGACAAGAAGAGGAUUCUCUUUCUCGUCGUCGAGGAGAGAGGCGAUUAGCGGACCUCGCCUCGGCAGUAGAAUCACGUCGGCGUUAACACGCGAGCGCUAGGAAAUUUACGUAGAGAGUCGCGAUUUUGAUUGACGCGUCGCGACGAUUGAUGUUUUGGCGCGCGAUCGACAACCAGGUCAUACGUUUUGAAUAUUUUUGCAGAGGAAUAAGUGCGCAUUAAAAAAAAUUUAUUUAUUUAUAAAAACGACUCUGUCACGGGAAAACAGAAAAGUUAUUGAGCAGGAGGAGAGAAGUUAAUUUUAGACGUGAAGAAAUUAGAUCGUUGAAACGGAAAAUUAUAGACGGACUCUCGAUUACCGAAGAGAAAGAACACAAGAGAAUCUUUGAUAAUUAAAAGAAGGAAACAAUAUAUACCGCAGUUUCCAACGAUGCGGAACUCGCUUUAAACCGCAAACUCUAGGCCGAUGACCAGUCGUCGUGCGGUGUAAAAGAGCAUAGGUAGGUUUCGCAAAAAGAAAACAAUCAGAAAUAAAAAAAAAAAAAAAAAAAAAAAGCCAGAUAAGAGGAGAUAUCAAGAACGCGACUGAAAAUUUACAUUCUCGAGAAAUCAGCGUGAAAAGAGCUUAUAAUAAUGAGAGAAAAGAAAAUAGUGUAGCAAGGAAGACGAUGCUACCUCAGCUACACAGUGACCAAUUUGUUCGCGACGAAGGAUUCUGAUUAAGUUUCUCGGGAGCAAUUGCCUCUUGCAAUUUUUAUCGCGCACCGUGUGUAUAGCACAUCUCGAGAGCAGUGUUCGCGAAAUUGCACGUCUCUUCGCGCGUACACAUCGUGUGUGGAACUAUGAACGGCGACGUCGCUGGUCGCAACGGGUGGUACACAAAACUUAAAAUUGUGAAAACUACGCAACAAAGAAAUGUAAGUUGACCAGAGAGAAGAGUACGCUCCAGUGAUCUCGCGGCCUGAGUGCAGGAACUGCGAGCAAGGAAGUGCCAAAUAUCCAUACUUUCGGAUUUUUCCGGGCCGAUUUCUUUCAAUCGAGUUUAUCGAUUGGAAAGCGGAAUCAAAUCGGUCAUCCAAAUCGGCUUAGGAAGUGCUUAUAUAAGCACAUACCUAAUUUACGGAAGACGUUAUUUCACAAACUAGAUAAUGUUUGCCAGACUCUGCAGACAAACUCCAUAUGGGGACUUAAAGAGGCGACACUCCUGGAGCAGCGAGGUCGACUGUCAACCGGCGGAAACGGAAGCUGCGACAACAUCGGAGGAAGAUUCCGCUGCUCCGAGUCUUCCGAAUGAUGAUAGAAUCUCCUAUAAGGAGUAUGGCCGUUCGGUGCAGACGGUGGACUUGGUGGCGGAUUGUCCGUUGCAAGUCGUGACGGGUGGUUCGAGAUCACCGACGCCCGUGCCGACGUCCUCGAUAUACGCCACAUCGACGAGCAUGGGGCAACGACCGAGCACCCUGUUGCGCCCCAAGAUUUCGUUAACUUGGGUACUACGUGGUCAACAGCAGUCCGGAUCUAACGGCGCUUAUUCGGGCACCAACAGUGGAGAUAUCAGUAGCGAUCGAGAUGGUUUGUCACGGGACAACAAAGAGAGAUCCUCGCGGAAGAGCGCAAAGGAGAAGGACGUUGCCGUUAAGGAGAAUAUCGAGAACAAAGACAGCAUCGAGAAGCGUGAGAAGAAGAUCUUGCACAAAUUCGAGAAGAUCGAAAAAACGGAAAAGAUUAUCGGCAAAGAGAUCGACGACGAGAGACAAUUGGAUAGUUCGCAGGAAAAAUAUUUCAAUAAGGAAGUCGCCGACUUGAAGGAUCCAAAAGAAAAGGAAAAAGUAAAGAGAGCAGUUUCCGAACCUUCCCUCGUGUCUCGCGAAUUGACAUCGACACCUAACGGACGUGACAAACAUCGGCAUAGACGAACGAAACGGUCACACAAGCCCAGAUUACCCAAUAGAUUUGGCUACGAGAUUGCCGAUCUUGACGCGUUCCUGACAAAGGCAUCCAUAGAGAGACCGGCAAACAUUCCAGUCGUUCUAUCUUUCCCGUCGGUAUUAUAUCAGACUCAAGGUGGUACUCAGGACGAAAUGGCUCUUCCGCUAGGUACAGUCGUGAAUGCCGUGUUCAAGAACCAAACGUGGUUGUAUGUACAAACGCCUCACGGCCAAGAAGGCUACGUUGGCUACGCUGCCUGUUUGCCUCUCGGAAUUUUGCCGCAACCGACACGAGGACAUUGUUGGGAGGACUCUACCGACGUUUUUCCUCGACCUCUUGGCAACAUGACAGAUACGGAAAAGCUGCGUGACACCAGAUCAGAGUGCGGAGCGAGUCGCGGACGCAGUAGCAGAGUCAGACGGAGUUCCAGAGACGCGGUUUCGGCGUGCGGCGAACGCAGCGUCGACCGAUUGUAUCUGCGAGCUGCAGCAAACGCACGCAUCAAAGGUUCGCGGCACACACUGCUGGUAAUCAGAAGCGAUUACGAAGCGCGCGCCGCUAAUGCUCUGACGGUCUUCAAAGGCGACGUGGUCGCCUUGCUAAGCGACCAUAUGAGCGACUGGUUUUGGGUACGCUCCAGGGAUGGUAGAGAAGGAUUUAUUCCUGCGGUUAUCGCUGGCCACGGCUUCCUUUGACCGCUUCUUGUCAGACUAAAGUUCAUUAGACAAUAUAUUGAUAGUUUUUCCAAGGAGAUGCGAUGUCAGUUCGCUUUUUUGUAAUAUAAACUAAUUUAUAUAAAUCUGAUGCAUACUGUUCGACAUCUCUCAAAAGUUAUAAUUUGUUUUACAAGUCGCAAUCAAUUUGAUUUAUUCAGAAUUGCUCGAACUAUUGCUCGAUAUUAUUUUUACAAUGUGUGUCUUGCCGCAUAAAUUGAAGUUUUUCAACGAAAAACAUCCUAAAGAGAGGGUUGAUAUAUUAUAAAACCAGCGAAUACAUAUCUCUGCAAAAAUAUUACGCGAUAUCGUUUGUAUAUUUGUACAAAAGAAGUAUGAUAUAUAAAAACAUAUAUAGAUAUAUAUAUAUAUAUAUAUAGCUUAU